AUGGUGAUAAUGACAAUGAUCGCCCGCAUUGCCGAUGGUUUGCCACUGGCCGCCUCGGUGCAGGAUGAUGAAGGUAUUGGUCGAAAUAUUCAAGAAUAUCAGAACCAGGCUAAGAAGCUCUUUCGGAAGCUCAAUCCUCAGUCGCCUCCGCAGAUGUCCAUCGAAACUGGACCCUACUUAUUCUACCUGCUAAACGACAAUCAAGUGUGCUACCUUGCAUUGACAGAAAAAUCAUUUUCUAAACGGUUGGCAUUUUCAUUCCUCGAGAAUGUGCAGAAUGAAUUCCUUCAACAGUACGGCUCACGAAUACACACCGUUUCACGGCCAUAUAGUUUUAUUGAGUUUGACAAUUACAUUCAGAAAAUUAAGAAAUCGCUUAUGGAUUCUCGCUCUCGCCGCAAUCUCAAUCAGCUCAAUAAUGAAUUGCAAGAUGUGCAGAAGAUUAUGGUCCAAAAUAUCGACGACGUUUUGCAACGAGGCAUUGCCAUAUCAGAGCUUGACAACAAAGCAACAAACCUGUCGGCGCUGUCACAGAAAUACAAAAAGGACGCUCGUUACUUGAACUUACGGGCAACAUACGCAAAAAUUGCCUUCGGUGGGGUCAUCGCUUUGGUCAUCUUCCUCUACUUUUGGGUCCUUUAA